CAUAUACUCUCCAUAUAUCAUGUCAAGUCCCUCGAUGAUGGAUUCCUGACACUUUCUGACAUACACAAGAAAUACACCAUUAGCCAAUUCAUUCCUGGCAACCAUAAACCAUGGACCAGCCACGCACCAUCAUCAUCGGCAUCAGCGGAUGCUCCUCGAGUGGCAAGACUACCCUCGCGAGGCUUCUGCGGGACAUGUUCCCAGAGACCUUUAUUCUCCACGAGGACGACUUUUACAAGCCCGAAUCCGAACUCCCCAUCAACCAGGGGCACGCCGACUGGGACUGCCCCGAGGCCAUCUCCAUCCCCGACCUCGAAGCCGCUCUCGCCCACGUCCGCGCAACGGGCACAUUCCCACCAAACGUCAACUCCAUCGAGGACCUCAACACCGUCGGCCCCUGCCCGGCCACGCCCGAGCAGAUCGCCGCCUGCGCCGCACGAGUUAACACCUGGCUCACCCCGGGCCAGCCAGGCUCCUCCAUCUUCACCCUUGAUUCCAAGUCCAACGCCAACCCCCAAGAAACCAACCCCAACCCCCAAGAAACCAACCCCAACCCCCAAGAAACCAAACCCAAACCCAAACCCAAAACCCGCAUCUGCAUCCUCGACGGCUUCCUCCUCUACUCCCCCCCACCCACCACCACCACCAACCCCGACAACACUUCCAAAACCAAAAGCCCCCUCCGCACCGUCAUGACCCACCUCGACAUCAAGCUCUUCCUCCGCGCCAGCCGCGCCAGCGCCCUCCGCCGCCGCACCGCCCGCGACGGCUACGUGCACAUGGACGGCUUCUGGACGGAUCCGCCGGGCUAUGUCGAGCAGGUCGUGUGGCCGAACUAUGUGGAAGCGCAUCGUUGGUUGUUUGAGGGGGGGGAUGUGGAGGGGGGGAGGCUGGAUGGGGGGGUUUUGGGGGCGGAGGGGAUUCUGGCUCCGGGGAUGCAAGCUGAAGAGGGGGGGGAUGUGGAGUUUGGGGCGGUUUUGGAGUGGGCGGUGGGGGUGGUGAUGGGGGAGUUGGAGAGGUUGUGUUUGGGGGAGGGGAGGGGGUAG